AUGGAGGUAAUCACUUAUAAUGACGAACAAGACAAAGAAGAUCUAAAUGAAAUUUCGGAGAAAACAAAAGUGCAAGCGAUAAGUACUGCUAGGGGGCUUGAUCGAUCGGCAUCGCAUGGUGGAAGGACAACACUGUUCAAUCAACCAACUUUCCACAACAAUACUCAAAAGAUCAAGAGGGCACGUAGACGUCACAAAUUCAUCUUCGUCUGCUCCACUCUCUCCUCCUCCUCCUCCUCAUAA